AAUAUUACUGUAACAUUACGGCAAUAUUACAUGCUGUGUGGGAAAUGUAUUUACUCAACAGUUUUACAAGAAACGUGAUACGCGACGCCGACUUUUCUAGAGAGAGCGCAAGAAGAGAGGCGCGUGAUCUCGUAAUUAAUGAACGAGCGUAAUAAAUAACGCGCGUAACUCGUGUCCAUGAGCGCCGCCAUGAAUCGGAAAAUAACUAGCGCCGCAAACGCCUCGCAUUCACAAACACCGUCACAAAAGUCUCUAGCGCGCGGAUGUCAAAACGGUCGGAACAUUUGCGAUUCUAACACAACUAAUUUUUAUGUUAUAAAAAACUUGUUUCAUGAAUUUUUAUGAAGUCAUGAUCUACGACUGUUUAAGAGCGACAAGUUUGUCAUCAUGCACAAAAAGCUUUUCUUUGCUUUUUAAUAAUUUAUCAUGCUAUCGAAAAGACACAUAAUGCAGAAGAUGUAGAUGCUUAAAUUUAACUUUAAUGAAUACUUAAAAAAAAUAACAUUUAUAUUUAGUAAGAUAUUUGUACCCUAGAUUUUUUGUAUGUAAAAAAGCAUUUCUUAAAAAAUUUCUUACACCUGAAAAUUUAUUAGUGCUUUAAUAUUUGUAUUAAAGAAACGUGUCAAAUUAUAAGAUGUUAACAAAAUGUGAUUUAAAAAUAGCAUUCCCUUAUUUGAUACUUAAAAAAUUUUUUUAAAUUUCUAGCGACCAUCUACUUACAGAUAUAAAGUGCAAAGUAUAUUUAUUUCUACUUACAAACUUGAUUAAUAUUUAUACUUGUAUAAACGAUUUGUAAAUCUUCAAAUAAAUAAAAAAUACGUUUAAUUAAUUCCAGUUAAUAUGGGGCAAAACUUUUUUGAUAGGAUGCGGAUAUUCAUUCUAUCAUGAUCCGACUCGUGGCUACACCAAGAAUUACGUGUGCAAUUAUAGCCCAAAGUAAGAAUUUUAUGUUGGAAUACUAUUUCUAUUUCUUUUAUAUUUUAUUUUUACAUUUUGCAUUUUUUUAGUAUUAAAAUGAAAAUGUAAGCAAUUGGGUCGACUGGUGUAUUAUAGGAAGAUUUUUAUUCGGAUCCAUCAAAAGUGUAAAUAAUAAGUAAAUAAUUUUAUUUGGUAUUAGUUAAUGUUUAGUAUGAGAGAGGUUCAGUGGCGCAUAGUACAAUAUACAUUGCAAACGCAGCCAUAAUGUAUAAAUAUUUAAUAUACGUUUGAUUGAACGGUGCGCAAUAUUUCGUGUCUAACACGGUGGGCAAUUGCAACGUGUCCAAUUGUACUGUCCGCAAAUGAAAACCUCUCGUUUAGUAUUAUAUAAUAAAUAUUUCUUUAAUCUUGUUAUUUCUCCAGUUAUUUCAAAUAUACAAUUUUUAUCAUUGGUAAUCAUUCUUGAAUUCGUUUAUAUUUAAAAUUUUAUGACUCUUAUAAAAUAAGAAUUUCAUGACUUUAUAAAAUUUAAGAUUGAAAAUAUAAUCUCUGAUUACUUUUAUUAUAUAUGUAUAAAUAUAUAUAAAUUUUAUAUAUGUAUAUUAAAUAUUUUUUGAAAUUUUUAUCAUAUAAUAUAGACUGCCAUCUCCCUCUUUCUUUUACAUUUUGUUAGAAUUGAUGGUAAAUCAUAGAUAAUCAAUUUCAACACUUUAAAAAAUGAUUUUCGAUCUUUAUAUAAAAAAUACAUGUGCAUUCAAAAAGACUUAUGUGCAUUUAAUUUAAUAAAAAAUACUACAUUGUGUAACAAGGGCGGAAAGUUGGCCUCUUUAGCACGAGUGCAAAAGAUCCAUCCGUGUUGCACAUCAUAUUUUUUAGCUGCGUUCCGUUUCAUGCAUGAUGCACAUAAUGCAUCGUUCAUCUUUGUUGUUUGUCUGUUAAACGAAGAUGAACGAUGUGCGCAUCAUACGUAAAACGGAACGCAGCUUUCGUUACCUGUGCGUCGAAGUGUGGUCCCUUGAGUGUUUUCGGUCCUCAUAAAAUGACAAAUUAAUCAAGGUUAGGUUUAGGUUUGCGAAAGCGACGAAACGUCGGUAAUUCUGCGAGAUGACGUGCACGUGAGUGUGGGCGUGAUCAAAUGUCGCUGAAAUAGUCGUUGAAAUGUUUUCUGCUACAACUUUACGCGACGAAACCGGCGACUUUACGCACGAAAAAAGUGACAUAAAAGGGAUCACUUUUGAGGCACAUGUAAUACGAAAGUUAUUAAUUAACAGGAUUUUAUAUCGUUUCAGUGGAAAUAUACUCGGUUUUCAACCUUAUGAAUCAGGCCAACCUGCAUGUGGUAAUUAUGGCAUGUCUUAUAGUAAUAGAUAUGCCGGAUUAUGUUCUCGUGGAACUUAUUAUUACCUUUAUGUGUAUAUGGAUCACAUAAAAAAUAUAGAUACUUUUAAAAAACGAAUAAUGUCCGAUGAUGUAUUCUUCACCAACGCCGUACUCUCAAGAAAGAUAGAUUAUGAUGAGAGACAAGACGUGAUACCGAUUCGCCGGUGUCUAAUAUGCGUUUCAUACGCACUCGAUCAUAUGCCGUCUCUCGCUCGAGUGCGAGUGAAACAGAUAUUUGACACCGGCGAAUCGGUAUCAUGUCUUCUCUCUCAUCAUAACCUAUCUUUUUUGGGUAAUUAUCGAGGAGAGGGGCUUUCUCACCGAUUUGGCUGUAAUAUUACUAUUUUAUAUAUUUUGGUAUGUAGAACACGAAUUUGGCAGAAAAAGUGUCGCUUUGCCCCGCGAGAGAAGAUAUUAAUCGUUAAAGUUCACUAUUUGACAGGUUAUGAAAUCUGUCAUACCGAUGAAAUGUUGCGACUGAACAUGGUCUUGUGGCCAUAAAUGCGCAUACUUUUGAUUGAAAGAAAAUUAAUACAUUCUUACCCUGGCAAAAAUAGGAAGUUUCAUAAGCGUUUGUUAAGCGUUUACAUGAGCGUUUGUGGGAGUUUGUUGUACGUUUAGAAACGGUCAGUAAAACGUUUAAAAAGCAGAAAUUGCAACGUUUUAGCGUUUAAAAGACGUUUGUGUUAAGUGUUUUGAAAGUUUGUACAGCAUUUUCACAGCAUUUGCACAGCGUUGACGGGAGUUUGUUGAGCGUUUGAAAACGGCCAGUAAAGCUUUUGAAAAGCGUUUGAAAGCGUUUUUUGAGAAUUUGCACAGCGUUGACGGGAGUUUGUUGAACGUUUGAAAACGGCCAGUAAAGCAUUUGAAAAAUGUUUUUUGAGAGUUUGCACGGCGUUUACAUGAGCGUUUACGGAAGUUUGUUGAGCAUUUACAAACGGUCAGUAAAAAGUUUAAAAAGCGGAAAUCACAUCGCUUCAGCGUUUGGAAGAUGUCUUUUGAGAGUUUGCACAACGUUUACAUGAGCGUUUGCGGAAGUUUGUUGAACGUUUACAAACGAUCAGUAAA